GAACCUGUGAGAUAAAAAUAAGUGAAUAUUACUACAGUCAAUUGUGCAUGAAAAUUGAAUCCUAUGGUCACAAUAUUAUUGAAUUGAAAGAAGAGUUGGAACGGGCUGCGAAUAAUGGUCAUUUCCUAUGUGAAUAUGAUAAUGGAUUAAUUAUUUUCAAACCAAUAUCAAGGUGGAAAAUGGUAAGAAAUCGAGUCACUGGCUACCGAUACUCGAGAGCAUCAGGAGCUGGAUUACAAUGCUUCGAUAAAAGAGUACAAUCUGAAAGACAAACAUAUUCUGAUCUUCUUAGGAGAGAAGCGAAAGGCAUAACUGAUUUACUCUCUGUCUUGGCUACCAACAUGGUCGACCAUUGGACAAUACGCUUGAUGAAUUUCAACUCCAUCAGAGAUUUCGACCAAUAUAUCAGUAGUGAUUCUUAA